AUGACAUUGACUUACAUGGAAUUAGACGGUGGUCGAUGGAGAGUCAUGUUUGUUUGCAAUGGACAGACACCUUGCCCCACGCUGUACGCUGAGGAGGGUGAUCUCGUCGCAUUGAAAGUCAAGAGCGACGUCUAUGCUCAAUCUUCCAUCCACUGGUCUGGCAUUGGGCACAAGGCAACCGGAAGCUGGAACGACGGCACCGCUGGAAUAUCGCAGUACCCUAUUCUUCCCCGUGGCAACUUCACAAGCGUAAUUGACACGAGUGGCUCUUGGGGCCUCAACUGGUACGCUGAGCACACAACUGCGGCGUCUGCAGAUGGCUUGUAUGGUAUGGUCUAUGUAGCGCCGAGCCCAUCUCGCCUUCGCCCCUACCGUCUCAUCACCAAAGAUGACAUCGAGCUACGAAAGAUUAUGGAGGCCGAGAAGCAGGUGCGGCAUCUCGCUAUCAAGAACCACCAACACCGAGACACUGGCUGGAAAAUGCUUCGCAUGCGCGCUGAAGGGUCAGAAUUCUAUUGCUAUGAUUCAAUUCUCGUCAAUGGUAAGGGCCGUGUCCACUGUCGCCAACCGGGAUACGAGCAGUUGAACGAACUUCACCUGGAUGAGACAGGUUGCAUCCAACCACCUGGUCUCCCCGAAGAAUCAUGCACUCCAAGCGAGGCUGACUAUGAGUUCAAGAUCAUUGAAACGGAAGGCAGAGCUUACAUCAUGUUGAACUUGAUCAACAUUGGCUUCGAGCAUUCCGUCAUGGUUUCCAUCGACAACCACAAGCUGACUGUAGUUGCGAACAACGGUGGCUUUGUAGCUCCCGAAGAAGCCGAUGCUGUUUACGUACCUAGCGCUGGAAGGCUUACCGUUCUGGUGAGACUCGAGGCAGAGCCCGGAGACUACGCCAUGCGCAUCUCGUCCACAAGCCAGAUGCAGAACCUACAGGCCUACUCAAUUUUGAGAUACCCAGCUAGCCGCAGACCUAUCUACGGUGAGCCCAUGAAGGUUCCACAGCCAGCUUCAGCCGACGACGUUUGUGUUUUGCCGGAUGGUUCUAUAAACCAGGGCUGCAAGGCUGUCGACGGCCAGUUCCUACCGCCGUACCCUGCCACACCGCCUCCUUCGGCCAAGAGUUCGCAUCCAGAGGCCGCAGACUUCACGAUCCAUCUCGCUGCCGGUUCUCAAGCAUCGCCCACGGAGGCUCACGUGCCAGAGUUUUACCUCAAUGAGAAGCCUUGGCAGCUAUUCCGCUCGUCUUUGAUGCCUCUUCUAUUCCAGGGAGCCAACGAGUCUGGUUCCAAAGAAUCUCUUGGCAAGCCCGUCAUUGAAGGUAUCCCAAUGGGCUCCGUCGUUGAUCUUAUUAUUGAAAACAAUCUGAACGACACGGUACCACUCUACAAGCAUGUAGAUCCUGCUUGGUUACUCGGCGCACAGCCGAACGCGAGGUUCUCGCACAAGAGCGUGGAAGAGGCUCUCGUAGGUGGCAACCUCCUAUCCAACAACCUCAACCUCAAGGACCCUGCCCUCGUAACAGUCCAUGACCUCCCUCCUCUUGGAUGGAGCGUCUUACGAUUCAAGGUGACGGUAAAGGCCGCUACUAUGAUUCAUGCUGUGAAGCUUAGAUACUUUGCGCUGGGCAUGUCUGCGCCGAUCAUGGAGGGCAUCCUGAGCAGUGACCCUGCAGAGUUUCCCGAAUCGGCCAUCAACCGCCCACAUGUGGAAUUCAAACCAAAGAACGAUGGUGUAUUCGGCUAGAGUAUGCCUGAAUGCGUGGAGAUCGAAGAAACGCGAAGUCUGUCGCUUAUAUCGUCUCGUUGGUCACUCUCUAUUGCAGGUAUAAGCUUGCCAGUUUCGGAUCCCACCGAGUUGCCGUCCGGUCCGAACGUGGGAUGGCAAGGAUGGUGCGAAACAUCGGCAAAAGUUGAAACGGCAACAUGAUCAAAUUGGAGACAACAAGACAAAUGGGGAAAACGGUGCAGCCGACGCUUUUAGACCAUCUCUCCAGGCUGCCCUGGAUUAGAGAAACGUUUAAGCUUGC